UGUCUCUGGACUUUUACUUCAAACCCCCCGCAGGAGACAAACUGCAGCAAUUCAUUUUUGCUGAACUUUUUGUGCGCCUCGCGAACUUGUCCUUAGCUGAGGCCUUCGACGAUUCUGCCCGAGCCGGCUUCCGCCUGUCUUUCUCUCUGGGCGUCGGCGCCGGGGCAGCCUCGAGGCCCUUUGCAUUGGGGCUGCAUGCAUUUGGCUUUUCUGCGGGCAUUUCCCAGCUCCUUUUGGCUGCUGCUGCCUGCCUGGGGGGCCCCCCUGCUGCAGUUGGGGAUGGGGCCCCCUCGGGGGCCCCGGAGGCGCUUUCAGGGGCCCCCGGGGGGCCCCAGGGGGCCCCAGAGGGCCCCUCAGAGGACCUAGAGACGCUUCCAGGGGCCCCCGGGGGGCCCCAGGCGGCCCCGGGGGGCCCCCAGGGGGGCCCCCAGGGGCCCCAGGGGGCCCCCCGAUGCCCCGCAGAACCCUUUUUGCAGCAGGAGCUUCUGGAGUCCGCGUGGGAGUUCUUUGCCCCGCAGCAGCUGCUGCAGGCCCUGGGGGCUCUCAAGGCGAAGUACCUGCAGGGGGCCCCCCGGGGGGAGGAGUGGGAGGCUGAAGAAGAAGCAAAAGGAGAACAAGAAGAAAAAGAAAUUAAGAGAAAAGAAGAAAAAGAAGAAAUUAAACGACAAAAAGAAGAAACAGAAAAGGGAAUUCAAAGACUCUACAAAGAUCUCGUUGAAUGGGGAAGAAACGCCUUCCACCAAGUCCACGUAGAAGGCCUCAUACAG